UAACGUUAUACCCAACAAGAAAUUGUCUUUGAUUAAUCCAUACCCAUAUGACAAAAGGCAUGCUAAUUAUUUGCUUGGGGCCUCCGUGGCCGAGUGGUUAAGGUCGCUGACUUCAAAUCACUUGCCCCUCAUCGAUCUGGGUUCGAGCCUCACUUGGAGCGUUGAAUUCUUCAUGUGAGGAAGCCAUCCAGCUUGCAUACGGAAGGUCGGCGGUUCUACCCAGGUGCCUGCUCGUGAUGAAAUAAUGCACGGAGGGGCACCUGGGGUCUUCCUCCACCAUUAAAAAGCUGGAAUGUCGCCAUAUGACCUAUCAUGUGUCGGUGCAGACGUUAAAUCCAACAAAAAAAGUUUGCUUGGUUCUAUAAUUUGCGAAAAGUAGUAUAUUUGGUUAUUAUAUUGUAAUAGUCUUGAAUAAUUUAAUUUAUUCAAUGAAUGAAAAUAUACAUACAGGUGAAUGAAUGAGAAGUAAAAUAGGUAAGUUUUCAUGGGAGGCUAACUCAUAUUUUCAUAUAGCUUUUGUUAGAGACUGUGUAAAAGUUUAUAUACAUGUAUAAGAUUAAGGAGGCAGUAUACUUUGUCACCAGGGUAAAUUCAAGUGGAACCGUGCAAUUUAUUGUACUUGUGUAAUUUAAUGUUUAGCUGCUACAAUCUCAAGUUCGUUUAUCUCUGCCCCUGCAAGUACCCCAUCCAUUUUCUAACAUUCCGCUUAACUUUUCAAUACAACUACUUAAAUGCCGCAAAAUUUUGUUCAUUAUUCGGAGCGAAAGACUCAUAAAAUUUUUCGGUAAAUAGUGGCUGUUUGAAAAUAGUACUUUCAAGAUAAAAGCUAAACAAUUUGCGCGGUAACUGACACCUAACGGUAUGACGUCGAUGACGUCAUUUUAAGACAACAAUGUUUUGAAGCGUUUCUGCGGUAAUUUUAUACCAGAAUGAUAAAACAAGUUUGCCGUAAACAUUAUCACGUUAGCUUCCGGUUGGGCAUGCGCACAUAGAACUACAAAUGUUAAGGCAAGCUCCUCACAGCGGUUGCCUUCCCUUGCGUUCAUUAUAACCGCUGCAUUCACAAGAUACCACGUGACAAUGAGAAAGUCACAUGACACUGCAACAUAGCGUAGACGCCAAAGAAACCAAUUCCGGCAGCUUCAUUUGUCAAUUGUCCAAUAGAUAUUUUUGACAAAAAUCACAUCAAUUUGUUACUUGAACAAUUAUGUGCGCGAAUAUAACCAUCUAGAUGCGAAUAAUGCAAUUCUUAAAAAAUAACCAAAUCUGGUUAAACAACUCGUGAUGGCAGUGAUUUAUGUACCGUAAAGGGAAGUAAUUGCUGCGGGGAGUUUGAUGUUAAGGUAUACUACCUCCUUAUGACAAAGUUAAUGACGGUCAAAUUUUGUUUUCUAGUUCAUGGUGGCUGGAGUACCUGGUCGUCAUGGAGUUCGUGCACAGUGUCUUGCGACCUCGGUAUGCAACACCGUGAUAGGUCUUGUACAAGCCCUUAUCCUAGUCUCUCUGGUGACCACUGUUUCGGGGAAUCCAGAGAAGACCGAAUAUGUAUGCCUGGUGCAUGUGCUGACGGCGGAUGGUCACUGUGGGAAAACUGGGGAUCAUGCACUGAGAGUUGCGGUGGCGGAGUACGUACACGGUCAAGGUCAUGUACCAAUCCAAGUCCUUCAUUGAUAGGCCGAUCCUGUGUAGGGGAUUAUACUGAAGUCAGCACAUGUAACAGAACAGCAUGUCCUGAACACAAUGUGGCAUUCACAGCGUACAAUUUAUACCAAAAUUCUUCAAGCAACACUAUCCUCCUGUUCCGGAACACCUACAUCAACAAUGGAAACGCGUAUGACACCACCACAGGAAAAUUUACAUGUAAUGUUCCUGGUGUGUACCAUUUUGUUGUGACUUUGUUAAAGCAGUAUCAAGUUAUUAACUCUGUAUCUGCACAUAUAAGAAUCAAUGGUAGCAAUAAGCUUCUGCUGUACUUACGCACAAAAGGCGAUGACUACAAUGAAGUAUACAUGUUGACUGGUGCUGGUACCUUCCAUCUGAACCGGAAUGAUGUCGUAGAUGUUUAUGGCGUUCCUAACUAUUUUUAUAGUGUAACUGAUUCUUACUUCACUGGUUUCUUGAUAACCCCAGAUCAAUAAAGUCAGUUUAUUAAUUAUUAAAUAAACGAAAUCAUACAAAAAUCAGAAAUAUAAAGUAGAAAAAAAAACUAUUAAAUAAAUCAUUUUGAUAACAGUUAAAGAUGAUAAUGAGACGUAAGCCAUAUUUUAUGGUGGCAAAUGUUGGAGAAGUAUCAUCUACUACACAGAAAGUUGGGGAAAUCAUAAUAAUUGACAGCUAUUCUGUUUUAAGAAGUAACAGGAAGAAAGGUUUAAAAAAACAUGAAAAGUUAGGGGUUUUUUAAAUUCUUUAACGGCUUGAUUGUUUAAUAAAAGCAAGAUUUCAAAAUGUUAGUCUAUGGGGCUUGGUGUGAACUCGCGUAUAGAAAACUCCUGCACUGUAUGUUUUCAUGAAACUUUACACAGUUGCACAUUCACUUAUAUUCUAUCAAAAGUUAAAUAAAAUGUGCAUGCAAGGUGAAUAAAACCUGUUUUACAACUUUUAAUUUUUCAUUAGCUAAAAAGUUGCCAUCAAAGAAAAUCAUUCCAGAUAUAUUUCGCAUCCUUGUGUAAAAUAACCCCACAGCUAAGUUUGUAUGUUUAACAAACUAAAAAAACAAGACAAUUAUACUUAGGAAUACAGUGGGACACCGUUGAAACGGUCAGGGAUCAGUGGCGCAGUGGUUAAUAGGCUAGACUUUAACGUCUGUGGGCUGGGUUCGAUUCCCGGUCGCGGCUGAUAUCCCGACUAGUGUCCAGUGCUGGGUGAUUUACUUAAAUUAGUACUGUGUCCAGCAGUAUCGGCCUAGACUGGAUACUGCGAAGGUAAAUAUGACUCCUGCCAUGGGCUCGAAUGGAAAAAGUUUGUUCCAUCCAUUCACGGUGUAGACUUUUACCGACUACCCAAGAACCUUGACACUUUUUAUAACUUUAGCAUAAAUGAAGUGCCAUGUUUAUUCUAUGAAUUUACUUCAGCUUUCUAAUAGGAUCACAAAAUUUUAAAAGCUAUGUGAAAUGUUUACACAAUCCAGCGGUCCUGUCCGCGAGCAAAUGCUUAAGUUCAUUUUAGUGAUAUUUUCACGUGGGUUUCAUUUUAAAUUUUAUAUGUUCUUUUUUACUUUCUAAAUGAUGAAAGAUAUAUAUUCCAUAUAAUUUUUCCAUAUAAAAUAAGAAAUGCGCCUUUUAUUUCACUGUUCCGAAAUAUUAUUCAAUUCAUGGGCUAUGGAGUGUUUUUCAAUAUAUAAAAUUAAGUGAGACCAAACAAGUAUGUGAAUUUGUCUCUUGUCUGUUCUGUAUAAAAGGGAAUGCGCAUG